UAGUAAUGGAAUUCCUUCUUUCGUCAGUAUUCAAAUAUUUGUUUUCUAAAUUGUUGACCUCUUCAGACGAGAGUUGGCAUGAGAAUACGAGCGUAUUUUUAAACUCUAGGGAAUCUUAGAAGUCAAUGGCAGUACUCCAACGCUCUUCCACCGAAUUCGCUAAUUGUGAUUCAGAAAAUUUCUGCAGCAGUAGGUAAACCCCGCAACGCAAACACGAUUCGUAUAAAACUGGUUAAUCGUGCAGAGGCGAAAUUAUUUUUAUUUUCAGCGCGCUGGCGCUCCUACUCAUUUGUGUAAACGGCGUCACGUCAUCUUCGUAGUGCUGUUAGUGUAGUCAUACACUUCUGGUAGUGUGGUGGUAGCUACUGUAAAAGUUGCGUUAUCUCGCAAUUGUGCAGUUGACCCAAAACAGGAUUAAAUCGAUAAAAGCGGCGCCAGGAGUAUUUUCGAGUGAAAGUGUGCAAAUUUUCGAAAGAAAUGAGUGCAAUACCGACACGCAAUAGUAACGUAACCGGAAGCUCGCGGUCACCAUCUCCGGGAACCCAUCCGCCGAUUACAAUGCCAGUAUCUCACGCGAACGCGAAUUUGCUAAAUCCCGAAAGUUCAAAUUUAUACAAAAACCGCCGAAUUAGUAAUCCCGCCGAUGCUACUCAAAGAAAAGGUAGUGACAGUGCAAUACCUUUAAUAGACAUCGACAAGCCUUUCAAUCCUCCUUUAGCCAAUCCAGAGAUCGACGACACUCUUGAUGACCGAGAAGUGGUAAAUGCGCCCUAUCCAGGAGUGGACGACGGUUUUUUUUCAAACGGCGAUGGGACAAUAGUGUUAACCGAUCGCGCGGGCGACAUGCCAGAAGGUGCAGGCAAUGACAACCCCGAUGGGGUGAAACGCGGUCCAAUGGGACCCAUGUCGCCAAACGGCAGGGAUAACCGGAAUUUUCCAGAUUUGGAAUUUGGGACUAUACCAUCAGACCUUGAAAGCAUACCUGACAUAAAUCUCUACCAGCACAAAAAAACUCUGGCACAGGGAAUGAUGGAUCUCGCUCUAUUUUCGGCAAAUGCCAAUCAGUUACGAUACGUUCUAGAGAGUGAUAGACACCCUUACUUCUAUCCGGGCGUUGUUUUAAUAUCUUUUAGUUUAAUUCUACAGGUAGCCAUAGGAGUAGGCCUGAUAUGGAACUCACGCUACAAUGUGAAGGACGCCAAAGAAAUAUGCAUUGCAAAUAAGAUAAAUAACUUCACAGUAAUAGGAAUAUUUUUAGUUACUGUAGUGAAUGUGUUUAUCUCAGCUUUUGGUGUUGCAAGUAAUCAACCCGUUGUUACUGUAGCAGCGGCGACGCCUUAAGUAAACCUUUUACCCUUCAUACAACGAGACUGAUUCUCAGGUGCAUAUUGUAACAUAUGGGAACCUAUAAUGAUUUAUGUAUUAUACUCAAUUAAUGUGAUAUUCAUGUUCAUUUCGCAAUAAUGUUGAGUACAAAGAGCAAUUAUUCAUGAGAUAAAUUCCAAGAAAUUGAUGAUAUUUUUUUAAAGCGGUUUAUUAAGUGUGAUAAGGGACUAGUGCGUAUAUUUAGACAGUAUAUAGUUUAAUUACACGCGCAACGGUGUAAAGUGGCAAAAGGAUAUUACUACAUAGCAAGGUUACUGUGUAAUUGUUUUUUAAUUAAACGAUAUUUGUAA